UGACGUCAUGAGUAAACCCUGUCCACCGAAAAGUGAAGUGUGUUUGUCGCGUUAGCUUGGUCGGACUUUUCCUCUCAUUUCACGUUAUUUUACUAGGUGGUUUUGGUAUUUUCAAAGCCGAAUUGUGAGAUUUCUUGAUUUUAGUAGCGUAACACAACAUUUUAAGCGACUUGAAGGGUGUUUUAAUAAGUUCCUGAAGCGUUUUCGUCUCUUCGAUUUUUUGAGGAACCGGUGGAAGGCGGACACUACCGGAGAUGGAUAAGCUAACAGUUAGCUUAGUUGUUAGCCGGGAAUCAUAGGUCAUAGAAUAGGCUCGAGCUAGCAUGCUAAAAAUAGCUUAUCUGAUAUUUUUCGGAUUACCAAGUAACUUUGUUAAUCUGUAAUUUUAAUAUUACUGUCGGCUUGUCUCCGGGCCUUAGUCUCUUACGGUGUUCGGUCACCAGCUAAGUCGGGAAGACCCAAUUUGUGUUCAAAGGGAAACGACGGAGCGGUGUUGUUGAGUGGUGGCGACUGAUUAUCUCUAAGCCCAGAACAUGAACAUGCUAAGUAACCCUCAGAACCAGCCACGGUUUCCGAACCCAGCGGGCCAGCAGAACCCAAGCGGGCAACAGAACCCUCCGGGUCAGUUUGCCCCCUUCAUUUCGAAAUCCAACCUACAAAUCAAGAAGAACGCCAUCACAGAAGACUACAAGAUAACCAACCAGGUGUUGGGGCUGGGCAUCAAUGGAAAAGUGUUGGAAAUCUACCAGAAGAGCACCGGUGAUAAAUACGCCCUAAAGAUGCUGCAGGACUGUCCCAAGGCCCGCAGAGAGGUGGAUCUCCACUGGAGGGCAUCACUUUGUUCCAACAUUGUGCGUAUCGUUGAUGUUUAUGAGAACCUCUACCAGAGCAGGAGGUGUCUGCUUAUUGUCAUGGAGCAUAUGGAUGGUGGCGAGCUUUUUAGUAGAAUUCAGGACAGAGGAGACCAGGCCUUCACAGAGAAAGAGGCUUCUGAUAUUAUGAAGAACAUAGGAGAGGCUAUCCAGUUCCUACAUUCAAUCAAUAUUGCUCACAGAGACGUCAAGCCAGAGAACCUGCUGUAUUCUACAAAGAGGCCGAGCGCUAUGCUCAAACUCACCGACUUUGGCUUUGCUAAGGAGACGACCUCACACAACUCUUUAGAUACUCCCUGCUACACGCCCUACUAUGUUGCUCCAGAGGUUCUCGGCCCGGAGAAAUACGACAAGUCAUGUGACAUGUGGUCGCUGGGCGUCAUUAUGUAUAUCUUGUUGUGUGGGUACCCUCCAUUUUAUUCUAACCACGGGCUGGCUAUCUCUCCUGGGAUGAAGAAGAGGAUCAGGAUGGGCCAGUAUGAAUUUCCCAACCCCGAAUGGUCCGAUGUAUCAGAAGAAGCUAAACAGCUGAUCAGGACCCUCCUGAAGACCGAGCCCACCCAAAGGAUGACUAUUGCAGAGUUUAUGAAUCAUCCAUGGAUCAAUCAAUCAAUGGAGGUCCCUCAGACCCCCCUUCACACCAGCCGGGUUUUAAAUGAGGAGAGAGAUGCCUGGGAAGAUGUCAAGGAGGAAAUGACCAGUGCCUUGGCAACAAUGAGAGUCGACUAUGAGCAAAUCAAAAUCAAAACCAUCGAAGACUCGACCAAUCCCCUGCUAGCUAAAAGGAGGAAGAAAGCCAGUAAUGCCAUGAAAGAGCCAAAGUCAGCCACCCACUGAGAGAUGCACGCUUGCAUGCACUUACAACACCGGUUUUGAACAGGAAGCAAUAAUUAGUUGACAAGUUGCAUUGCAUGUUUUUUUUUUCAUCAGUGUUUCUUUUUUGGGCAAAUUUUGUUUUUAUAAAAGUGUUUUUCCCCUGUUUGUUACUGUAUCAUUAUAUCAAGUUCAUCAUUCUGUUCUGAUGGCACGAUGAUGAGCUGAUUUGUGUUUUUACACCAGAGAAGAGAUUAUAUAAUACAGACAAAGAGGAAGUAUCCAUCUCCCCUCCUAUUUUCAGUAUAUAUCAGGUUGUGUACUCAGAGGGACUUGAAUGUUGGAAUAAAGCCUUAGUAUUAGUAGUAGUUGUCCUCUAGCCCACUGCCCAGCUCCAGUUUCAGCACUCUAACCUGUGAAUGUUCUAUCACACGGCUAAACCCCAAAAAUGGAAACAAGGGAAGGUUUCUCUCUUAGUGAACAUGAAACACGAGCAGAUGUAUGUUUAACUGACAGGAGGAAUGUAAGUACUAUGUCGCCGUAUGUUGGAAUUAGUCGCAAAUAGACGCCGAUGUGUGUGGUUCGGAUGGGGAGUGUCUUUCAAGUCCUGUUUUGUGUUUAUGAAUGUUAAACUGAGGCCUAUGCACUCUCACCAGGACAGUGUGCCACUCUGACGGAGCACCUCACACUGCCCCCCUCUCCAACCCAAAUCCUUCUUCAGGUUGAGUAGUUUAGCAGAGUAAGAAGCAGUUUAAAAACUGCUCUUCCUCUGGCAUGUAGCUCAGUGGAGAGCAGGGGGCAGACUAGACUGUAUUUUUUCAUGUAUUUUAUGAACAUUUUAGUGUAGGCCUUAAUGAGUAUUGCUUAUCAGCAAACGGCUUUUAACUCCUUUCUACCUUUUUUGGUUCCAGCUUUUACCAGUUAUACCCAACAGAAUCUAAAAUAUCAGAAGAUUAUAUAAUAUAUAUAUAUCAUUAUAUAUAUUAUAUAGUUAAUGCUAUGCAGGUUUGUCAGCUUGAAAUUGUGUUUAUAUGUUUUCUUUUUAUUUGUCCAGUUUGCUACUGUGUUGGGACGAUGUUGAGCAACAUUAGAGGGUGUUUGUGUGUGUUCCUGUGAGCAGCAUCGCCCUGUACGGUGUCGAUUUACCAUUUAGAUGCGCUGUAAGUUGCAUCAGCUGAACUUCCAGGAGCUUCUGUUUCAACUAAUCUGACCUGAUGCAAUUCUACCCACUUCCUGGAGCACUGAGCGGACUUUGUCCUUGGUUAUGGUGCACAGUCUGACAUACCACCAGCAAGCUGGCAUUACUCUGAGGGGAUAUAAAGCUUUCUUACUCAUAUUCUUGUUAUUGGGUUAACACAUCCCAGCUCUCCUGGGAUCAUAGAAAAUUAUUUUGUAAGUUUGGGCGUCUUCACUUUGUAAAAUCACAUCCACUUUGAUUAAGAUCACCGAGAAAUGGCUCACCAGUGAACAUGUUAUUUGAAUGUUUGUGACUUUUUUUUUUUGGCUCGUCACAAUUUUGUAGUAGAAGCACGUGUGUGUGUGUGUGUGUGUGUGUGUGUGUGUGUGUGUGUGUGUGUGUGUGUGUGUGUGUGUGUGUGUGUGUGUGUGUGUGUGUG